GUAAACUUCCCCCACAAGAAUCAAGCAACCCAACCCAACCCAACCCAAACCAACCCAACCGAGUCAAAUCCAAUCAAAGACCAUUCUAACCCCAACCCAAGAAAUGCGAUUAAUGGGAAAAUCAUCCGUGCGUUCUUUCCAGGGCUGUAACAGUGACAACACAAUCGACAGCCAACGCCAACGCCAACGCCAACCGCCGUUGUCUUCAGUAGCAACAGCUCGAACAGCUCGAGCAAAACUUUGUACGUUUCCAACCAAAAGCUCUGGCAGCUGGAUUAGCGGCGGAAUCUGGGCUGCCCUCUUUUGGUGCCUAUAUGCGGUGGCCCAGUGUGGUCUCCUACACGUGUACCACUCUGCGGCACUGCGGCGUUCUGGCGUAGAAAUAGAAAUAGAACGAGAAAGGGUGGUUCCUGGGAAUGCGAGAUAUACGAAUGGCAACAGCAAGAGCAGCAACAAGAGCAAGAGCACCAAUGAGCAAUCGAGAUACAAAGACAAACCACCAGCACCACCAACGCCCGAUGGAAUCUUCAAUGGAUACCCUAUUUACAAGCUGCGGGGCGCGGGAAGCAAUUUUACAGGGGAUGACACGAGCCAUUCAGGCGAUUCUCCCGCUCCCAAUCACAAAAACAAUGCCAAUGCCAAUGCCAAUAGCACCCCCGCCAACAAAAGGUCGUCUACUUCUAGACCGUUGUACUCCCAGUUCCACUGCGCUGGGGAGACCUGGAAACCACCCGUUUUCCAUCGAAGGUCGAACACCUGGCACGAGGAGAGCUGGAAGUACCGUUCCUGCCGCUUCCAGUUUUUGUGUUUCGAUACCGAACAGCAAGAGUAUGUUCUUUUUUUGGACCCGAACGAGCAUCCGGACACGAACCACGAGCAUAUUGAGCACAUCUCGCGGCAACAGCAACAGCAACAGCAACGAAACCCCAGGAGCGAAUCGGGAACGAAAACAGAAACCAUGCCCCACCACCCGAACCCCAGCCUCCAGAAAAUCCUGCGGAAACAGAGGGAACAAGUCGAGGCUCAGGAAAGGAAGGCCAAGAGAGUAAAUGCAAAUGCAAAGGCGAACAGUGCGGAUAUCCAAGGAAAAAAGAAACCGUUGUUGCCGCUAUCCUUCAAGCAACCCUCUCUCUUUGACGACACGUCCACCGUUUACCGAAACCUCACCUCCAUUGUCGAUGGAAAGGGGGACGUGACCGUAGGAGACGUUAUCAACGGAAAGCACUACGGGGUUUCCAUCGGCAGCAUGAACGGCAAGUGGGGACUGGUGGACGGUCAGCGCCUCAAGUGGUUUCCGAGGAUCGAAUGGGGGGGGGUGCCGCUGGACGUGGACGUCUACACGCUGCCCUCCUCCGUCGUCGUCGUCCCCUUUCAUUCCCUGUCGGCCUCUAAUCCAGGGCACCUGGUCUGGGACGAUUUUCUGCCCAUGUACACGCUCCUUGACAUGUUUGGAUUGUUGCACACCAUCGGUGGUGACGAUGAUGAGACCGGUGGCGCAAAUAGCGACAAAGCGAACAACACCCCUCCGGACCUCCUCCCGAUCCGGUACAUCCUUCCACCGGGUCCGACAGGGGACGCUCGCGGCCUGUGGGCCGGCUGCGACUGGCUGGACUCGCGGGCACAGGAGUGCCACGCGAUGCUGCAAAAAUUUGGGACUCUUCUCGGGACCCGCCGGUCCUACAAGACGCACGGCUUCUCACAACAAGACACGGAGAAAACCAGAGACGGGGUCGAUGCCAGCAAAAGCGAACGCUCAAAUACGCCGGUGCUGACCGCCUCUAAGAUGCCCAAGAUUCCCAUUACGACGAACCGGGAUGUGGAACUCAGACUCAGAAAGGAUUAUGAUGAUAAUGAUUGGCAACAGAUAUCUCAAAGAAAUACAAAUACAAAUGGUGACUCACCACCGCUAUCACCAACACAAAAGCGAGCCCUUGUCUGCGCUAGAAACGGCCUCGCCGGUUUUGGGGCCAUCUCGGACCAUGGAGAUGGAUCCAGGAGCCAUGGAUGGGAGGAGAAUGACUACAAGGUCAGCUACAACCAAGGACGGGGUGGAAAACUGUGGGACUUUCGCAAUUUUAUGAUCCGAAACCUCUACGGAGAAAACAACGCCAACAGCAAUGGCAGCAACUUUGUUGAAAAUGAAAACGCGACUGCAAUCGUGCGGACUACCUUCGUACCAGCAGCAACAGCAUCCACAACGGGUAUCCACGAGCGUGAUCCGGAUAGACGCCGAGUGGAAGGAAUAACACAAGGGGGAAAGGAGGAGCAGCGGCCGUACUACAUCGCUGACUCGGUCUUUCGCGGAAUCGAAGAAAUUGGGGGGCACCAGCGGGAACAACAACAACAAAAUGAGUGGUAUCCCCCUGCUUCAAUUACCGAAUGGGGGCCCGACGAACCUCUAGUAGUCCUCUUUUCCUCCUUGUCUUCCAAAACACGCAGGCGGGAUUUUGUAAAGGAAGCCAAUGACCUCAGACGGGUCAUUGCCGAAAGGAGCGGACCGGACGACCCGCAGAUUAUCGUGGAAACCCACAAAUUCUCGGACUACACGCUCGAGAAGCAGAUCCAGAUGGCCUCUCGGGCGGCAGUCUUUGUCACGUUCUGUGGCGGAGGUGCCAUCACGGCCUCCUUUCUCCCAAAGGGGGCCUCCGUCCAGAUCUACUACAACGAAAAGGGGGGCAUCAGGCACAACAUUGAUACACAGUUGCCCGCACGGCUGGACUGGGAUUUUUUCAACAAUGCGGGGUACCUUCACGUCCAGUGGCUACCGGUCAUCUCGAUCGACAAGACGAGGCGCCAACCACAUAAAACCGAACCCAACACGACUACUAUCCCUGGUAGUAGUGGAGCGGCAAAGAACGUGCCCUCGGACCUGAUCUUUGGGGAACUACGCAGGAUUCACCGGGAGCGCAAGGCCUUCUUUUUGUCGGGCAGCUAGUCAUCCUGAGGAUGGAGGCCACGAGCGCAUUUCGGUCCAAAAAGAACCCAAUAAGCCAAACCAUGCUAUUCUUUUACUGUCGCCUUUUGUCUAUCGCAUAUACUAAUGGGUUCACUACCGCACGUAGUCAAUGGAAACGGGGAAGGAACUGUAGGGCUAUUUACGUUGGUAUCGAAGUGUCUGCGGUCAAGAUCCACAUCUUGGAUCCAUGUUUUAUAUUUUUUCGUCUAUGACCCGGAAAGCGGUGUCACAAGCAAAUUGGUGCAAGCUUUUGGAAUCUCUGACACAAUUUGCCAAUCGACCACAUGCCCAGCCUGGGUGCUAAGCUAAACAAAAUCACAUCAUGCCAUUUUAACAAAGAUAUUAUGGUUAC